AUGUCCAGGAACAGCAAUAUCUACGCAACGACCAAGUAUCUGGCUCAAGAACGGACCCAGAACACCAAGAUCCCAGGCGGCAGUCGCUCAACAACACUAUCUGGAGUCAAAGAUGCCGACUUCGUUGCGAUCGGCCUUGGAGGCACAAACAUGCUGGCGAUGCUGUGGGCCAUAGCUAUGGGCCGUCGCGCCGUUGGUGUCGAUCUUCGCGGUGACCCAUUUCUGGGGGUGCACUGGAACAUUCGUGCGGACAUGUACCAUCAGCUAGGACUCAUUGACAAGAUGAUGCUGGAUCGUUACGGACUGGAUAACCUACCAAAAAGACUGGACGGGUCGCUACUGAGCUUGGCCGAUCUCUUCUACCACCCAAUGACCAAGUCUCGGGACAUCAUACCAGGAGCUAUCAUCGAAGGAUACGAGAAGGAGUUGCAUAUGGUCGGUGAAAUUCACAACAUUGAGUACAUCGAUGAUCGGUGGAAGGAUGGCAAACCGCAUCGCACUGUUACCACUGUACCUCCGCCAUGUAUUCCCGAACACCCAUGUCCGACCAAGAUCCGAACCGAUUUGCGGGAGGUUCUUGACGGUCCUUCCACAUUCCAGGCCGCAGCUUUCUCCAUCCAACUCCUUCUACGCCGUUAUCUCGAAGCGCUAGAGAAGAUUGAUCUGAACGCUGGUAAGACGCCCAGAUGUCGUCUUUUUACGAAACAUCGGGUGGUGCAGGAUGGAAGCGGCCUGGUUCAUCUUCCCUGUGGCAGAGUUCAGAUCCGAAUCGAAGAAGUUACCGAAGUGCAAUACCACAACGAUCUUCAACGGAUUCGCACACCGGGCAGCGAUUUCAUUGAUCUUGGCGUUCCUGAGCUCUUCAGCAUUGCAACAGGUAUCAAUUGCCGUGAAGCAGAACAACUGGGCUUCCAACAACACGAUGUAGAAGUCGACCACGGUGAUGGUCAAGGCGCCAAAGUUGCGCAGGCAGAUUUCGUUGCCGGACAGUUUAACAUCCUCGUCGAUGGGCGCUUGCGCCGCCGCAUCGCGUCUGAGUUUGAUCAACACGGUAAUGAAUCCUGGGUACGACAAAUCGCCGUUGGCCACGAAGGCGACCCAAGAGUAUCCUGGCUCAUCGUUGAGGUACCCGAGUUUGUCUCUCUAUGCCCGGUAGAGCGCGGCCUGGUCAGCGUCGAGACCAGCAAAGACUCCGCGGAAUACUUCGCAGCAUACCAACUCCUCCUAUACGAUUACUACAUCUCCCAAGCAUCUCUCGUCCUCGAGAUCUCACCCGACGAGCUCCGCCGUGUAGCCAUGGUCUACGGCCCCAAACCCUUCAGCCUUGUCGAGCGCAUCGGCACCGACGCACGCGUUGCCACAAACGGCAUCGUAGCAGGCGACUCCUUCGGUAACGGUCACUUCCUCCACUCGGCAGGUGCCAUGUGCGGUAUGCUAGGCCACGGCUACCGUUUCCUAGAAUACUGGCAACGUCGCGCUGCCUCACACUGCGCCGAAUCUUCUAUCCGCCUUCUUGCCGACCGUAUCAAAGCUGAUACUGAAGCGCUGCUGGAGGUUAGCGCGAAGGAGUUCAGCCAAGCAAUCCCUAGCAACUUUGGUGCAGAGAGGGGGAAGAAAGUCGCGGCCGCUAGUGGGAUUGCGGAGGGGAAGAGGGCGAAAGUUAGUGCAAAGAGGGAGAGGGGUAGGAGAUGGGAUCAGGCGCCGUUGAAUCCGACGGAUUGGAGGAGGGUAUUUAUGCGGAACGGGAGGACUUGGAGUGACAAGUUACCAAAGAUCGAUGAGAGGCAUCCAGCUUCGAGGGUUGAGAAGGCUAGGCUUUGA